UUUUUGUAUUUGAUCAAGGACAUAGUCUUACAUGUUAGCGUUGAGUAGCUGAAUCUCGAAGUCUUGGGGAUCUCUUAUGAGGAAAAGUAGAUUAUUUGACUAUGUGCAUGUUUUUUUUUUUUUUCUUUAGAAAGAAGUAAAAUGGGUUUUGAGUAGACAUGUUUCUGACUUUUUAUCUCCUUUUUUUGAUUUUUGCUGGCAUUUUAAGGUUUGGAAUGGAGGAGCGGCUCAGUGGAUGCCAAUCCUUGAGGCGGGAUCAUUGGAUCAUUUCAUAAUGAGGAUAGUAUAGGGAAGGCUGUGGAUGCAUGGAACGGGAUCAAUUUCCGUGGGAUUGGAGCCCCCAUCAGUUAUUUGAAAAUCAGUCAGAAGAUUUUUGGCCACUUCAGGCUAUUUUAACUCAAAAAGGAAGGAUCAAUCAAUCAGUCAAUCAAUCAAUCAGAGGCUGGAUCAAUAUCAUUGGAUGGAGUCAUCAGGAGCAGCCUGACGUCAUGACUGACAGGAAGGCUGUGAUCAAGAACGCUGACAUGUCUGAGGACAUGCAGCAGGACGCAGUGGAUUGUGCCACACAAGCCAUGGAGAAAUAUAACAUAGAGAAGGAUAUUGCUGCUUACAUCAAAAAGGAGUUUGACAAGAAGUAUAAUCCUACAUGGCAUUGCAUUGUGGGGAGGAACUUCGGCAGCUAUGUCACACAUGAGACCAAGCAUUUCAUCUACUUCUACUUGGGGCAGGUUGCCAUACUCCUGUUCAAGUCAGGCUGAGACCUUACAGGAGUUUCCAAUGUCUCUCCAAAAUGGACUGAUGCACUGGUGGCUGAUGUCAUAUCUACCCACACACUUAAUAUUGAACAAGAACAUACCAUGACAAUGCUGGCUGUGCACAAAUGCAUGGACCGUAUUCCAUACUACUUAUGUAUAUGUUGCGGUGAAACU